AUGACCACUUAUACUGCUUGGUACCUCACUAUUGCAGCUAUUGUUCAUGGCCAGGUUGAAGAUGUGCAACAUUCAGGCCCCAAAAAGCUGGUUCUGUACUUCACAGGGGCUACAAACAUACUCUACACUUUUGGUGGCCAUGCUGUUACUGUUGAAAUUAUGCACGCGAUGUGGAAGCCCCGAAAGUUCAAGUACAUUUACCUAUUGGCCACAUUGUACGUUUUCACUCUCACCUUACCAUCGGCCUCCGCAAUGUAUUGGGCGUACGGAGAUCAACUUCUUACUCAUGCUAACGCAUUCUCUCUCCUCCCGAGAACUGGUUGGCGUGAUGCUGCCGUUGUUCUCAUGCUCAUCCAUCAGUUCAUUACGUUCGGGUUUGCAUGCACGCCGUUGUACUUUGUUUGGGAGAAAGUAAUCGGAAUGCACGACACGAAAAGCAUAUGCUUGAGGGCGCUUGCUAGGCUCCCGGUUGUGAUACCGAUUUGGUUUUUGGCCAUAAUUUUCCCCUUUUUCGGCCCGAUCAACUCUGCGGUGGGUGCCCUAUUAGUGAGCUUCACCGUUUACAUUAUCCCGUCGCUUGCACAUAUGCUCACGUAUAGGAAAGCCUCUGCUCGACAGAAUGCGGCCGAGAAGCCGCCGUUUUUCAUGCCGAGCUGGACGGCGAUGUACGCCGUGAACGCCUUUGUGGUGGUUUGGGUCUUGGUAAUUGGGUUCGGGUUUGGAGGUUGGGCCAGCGUUACAAAUUUUGUGAGGCAAGUGGACACAUUUGGGCUUUUUGCAAAGUGUUACCAGUGCAAGCCUCCGCCAGCGGCCCACCCAGCACCGCCACACCAUUAA